AUGUCCCAGAGUGACAGAUAUUCCACUUCCCUUAUGUGCGCCCUUCCCCCGGAGCAUGUUGUACGAACAUUUACCCGUCUCAAGAAUCUCCAGAUCGAAGCAAAGAAGCUAUUGGAGUCCCUAAAAGAGAACGGAAAUGGUAACCAGUGGAUCGUUGUCCUCAAUUUGUCUACACGGACGAUACAAAAGCUCGACGAAGAGCACGACAGCAGCCUUGGGGGCAUUCAAUACCGCUUCCAGUGGGAAGGAACCACUGGUCUUAUCAAGGUGGUCCCGUCAAAAGCCCACGAUGCAACCACAGACAAGGUUACCAGGGUGAUCGAUAAAAAGCUUGAUGCAAUGGGACUCGACUGGUCGGACGCAGCCUGGGUUGCAACAGCGACCUAUAAGCCCACCACUAGCAAAGGCAAACAAGCAGAUCAAGCAUUUUUGCCACCAGCUCGCUGCCCUAUCGGGCUUCCAAGGUCAGGAUGGCCGACUUUUGUCAUCGAGACAGGGGUUUCAGAAUCCCUAAAUCGACUUCGCGAAGACGCCAAGAGAUGGUUCGUGGAUUCGCAGGGUGAGGUACGCAUUGUUAUGGUCAUCUCCAUGCAGCCGGCCGAGGUCACAUUCGAAAAGUGGCAAUUAGCUCCCAACAACGCUCCACGCCCACUCACUCGUGUUUACCUCGAUUCACUCCGCGCGCAAUUUCCAAACAUCCCUCCUCUUGUACCCCAACUAACCCCUAUCCAGCAGCCUUACUCGGCGCAGGAGGUCUACGUGGAGCCCAACAGAGGUAUCGGGGCCCCUUUGAACAUCCCAUUUGUUGCGCUUUACGACCGACCCCCAGGACAAGGGGAAGGUGACAUCCUUAUUCAAAUGCAAGAUUUCCAAAACAUCACCAAGUUGCUGUUCUAA